UUCUCGCCGACAUAAUGGCUGGCAGUGGACGCAUUGGAUUUUCGUGAUGCUUCGAUGGCGAGGAAAGAGAGGAUAAUUUUAGAUUUACAAUGGAUUAGAAACUGGCUAAUUGUAAAAGCUAUCCUUUAUCACAUUCUAUUCUUUAAGGUGGCCCUACAAUUUCCGUCACUAAAAGACGAAAUUCUUUGAAAUACAUUAAUCUCUAUAAUGAGUCUGCGUAGUAGAAGAUCGCAGUGGAACUUUACGGAACUGGACUUUGAAUUUGAGAACUUCUUGACAAACAUAAGCUGUGUGGCUGUGAUGCGGUUGCCCUACUCUAUGCGUUGCAUGAUGGCCAAAAGAGCCCAUGACUGUAAGCGUAUUAUUAAUUUCUUCAACUAUUUCCGCAUGAUGUACUGCUCCAUUGACAUUGAAAAUAAAGCCACAGAGAUCCUGUUGAUGUGCUUUUUCAUGCUCAUCUGUGUGGUGUUCCUGUGGGUGAUGUCCUUCAAUAUUAGUACCUUCUUUUCGCCCGUGUUGAAGAUAGUCUGCCUGAAGCUGCACAUGAACGAGUAUCUGGCGGGCGUCACCUUCCUGGCCUUUGGCAACUCGUGUCCGGACAUAAUUGCCAAUCUGAUGCCCGUGCGAGCCGAAGCCCCGAUCUUCACCAUCGCGGUGGGCAAUGCCCUGGCCAUCAUUCUCCUAAGCGGCGGCACUGUGUGCUUUCUGAGGCCCUUCAAAAUGAACGGACACUGCACGGUGCGUGAUCUGUUGUUCCUGCUGCUCGGCGUGGAGGUACUGCGUUAUGUGAUGGUUAAGAAUGGCCCGGGCACUGUGACCAUAUGGGAGAGUAUUGGUCUGAUCUUCGUGUAUGUUGUCUACGUGACAAUAAAUGUCAUUGAUCUCGUCAUUAUGCGUUACUCCAUGAAGAAGCUUCGGGGGGAAAUCGAGGAAAUGCAAAGAUUACGUACUCCAUCCCAAGGGGAGUACAGGGCCAAGAUGGAGAAACUGACCUUGUGGGAGCUGGAUGAUGAACUUCCCAUUCAUGAUACGACCAACUACCGCCGCUCUAGGUCGUCGGGUCGUCAGUUUACCGAAGCCACUACUGCUGGUUACUUUGUCACCCCGAAGCAGAAGCAUGCUCCCGUGCCCGUUGAUGUCGAGAAGAAUCGCAAGUAUCUGUACAAUUCGGAGAAUCCAAAGAACCUUCUGCUCUUCCGGGAGUUCUUAGAGUCCCUUAAUCCCAUCGACGGAGAGGCGUGGGAGCUGGGUGGUUGCUGUCAGCGAUUUUUCCUGAUCAUCCGAAGUCCACUGGUGUUCGUACUGCUGGUCUUCAUUCCCGUGGUGGACUUUGAGAAGGACAAGCACGGCUGGAGCAAGCUGCUCAAUUGCUUGCAGAUUGUGUUGAAUCCGUUUGUGGUCAUCACCUUGGUGCAUUCUGCGGUGUCCAGCAAAUACCACACUUGGUACAUAACACUCAAUCUGAACAUAUCCAUGUGGACGCCAUGUCUGACAGUUCCGCUGGCCAUUAUGAUAUUCAUUCAUUCCCGGACGGAUGUGCCGCCGUUCUAUCACCUGCUUUUCGCCUUGCUCACCUUUUUCAGUUCGAUAACAACCAUUUGGAUAGCGGCCACUGAGUUGGAGGUGCUCUCCGAGAUUGUGGGCAUUGUGUUUCGUCUGUCGGAGAACUUUAUGGCCGUCACCAUUGGAGCUAUAUCGAAUGCCACACCGGAUAUGAUAGCCAACUCACAAUUGACACUGCAGGGCUAUGGACGGAUGGCCUUUGCUGCCAUCAUAGGUGGUCCUGUUUUUGCCAUUGUGGUCAGCAUGAGCGUGGCCUUUAUAUUCAACAAGAGAGUGCGUCAGGAGGACGCCGCCUCUUGGGUGUUCGGGGAGCAUGGUGAAAUCUGUUAUUAUUUCCUGGUUAUAACAAUUGCCACCACUCUAUGGUGGUCCAUCAUGUUUGAUUUUCACGCCCGUCGAUCCGCUGGUGUUUUCCUAUGGUGCAUUUUCCUGAUCUUCAUGCUCUUUGCCGUUUGUGUGGAAUGGGAGGUCAUACACGAUCUCUCCGUGGACAAAAUAUUGGAACCAGUUUAA